UUUAAAGCUGCGUUGCCUCCGCAGAUUUUACCUCUUGGCCAAAACCACCGGACACACUGCUGGUGUCGACUGAUCGGCGCUCAUCUUUACGCUUCGGAGAGGUCCCCGGAGUUAUCUUACCUCCACCAUGACUGAUCGCUUCGACUGCUACUACUGCCGUGACAACCUGCACGGGAAGAAGUAUGUGAAGAAGGACGACAAGCACGUGUGCACCAAGUGUUUUGAUAAGCUCUGUGCCAACACCUGCGCAGAGUGCAGACGCCCCAUUGGUGCUGAUUCCAAGGAGCUGCACCAUAAGAACCGCUACUGGCAUGAGGACUGUUUCCGCUGUGCCAAGUGCUACAAGCCACUGGCCAGUGAGCCGUUCAGCGCCAGGGACGACGGCAAGAUAAUGUGUGGCAAGUGCGGCUCCCGGGAGGAUGGCAACCGGUGCCAGGGCUGCUACAAGGUGGUCAUGCCAGGAUCCCAGAACGUGGAGUACAAGAACAAGUUGUGGCACGAGGAAUGCUUCACCUGCUUUGAUUGCAAGCAGCCAAUCCGCACACAGAGCUUCCUGGCCAAGGGUGAUGAUAUCUACUGUGUCCCCUGCCAUGACAAGAAGUUUGCCAAGAAAUGCUUCCACUGCAAGCAGGCCAUCACCUCCGGAGGGAUCAGCUACCAGGACCAGCCCUGGCACUCUGAGUGUUUCGUGUGCCAAACCUGCCGUAAGCCUCUGGCGGGAGCUCGCUUCACCUCCCAUGAGACCGGAUUCUACUGUGUGGACUGCUACAAGACUGAUGUGGCCAAGAAGUGCCAUGGCUGCAAGAACCCUAUCACAGGAUUCGGCCAUGGCACCAAUGUGGUGAACUACGAGGGAUACUCCUGGCAUGAGUAUUGCUUCAACUGCAAGAAGUGCUGCCUCUCCUUGGCCAAUAAGCGCUUCGUCAUCACUGGAGAUCAUAUCCACUGCCCUGACUGUGCUAAGAAACUGUGAGCUGCACAGUCACCUGUGCAGAGGUUUUAAAAUUUAAAGUGGAAUUACACCAAAACUGACUUUUUGACUGUUACUUUUCAAAAGAACAUUUUCUCAUAAAAAUGUUUGAGUGAUGAAUUAGAGGCCUUGAAAUAUUAGAAAUGUAAUUCCAGCUUCUGAAAUAGCAUAAAAAAGUCAAAACAGUCAAUUUUGGUGAAACGUCUCUUUAUGAGGAUGAAAGACUAGAGGCUAUUUCAACUAAAUAUGCAUUAGCUUGACUCAUUUUUCUUCAUAUAUGUAAAUGCAACAUGUGUCAGUGUCAGGGUUUGAUACUACCAUGCAAACAGAAUUCCUUAAUAGGGAUUAUGAUAUGCACUAUUAGUCUAGUCUAAUUCAGGAUUCUGUGCAAAAGCCUUUUCAGUGCCUUACUGGAAUCUAGAGGGAAUGAUUUGCUUUUUACAUUUGCACUGCUGCUCAUACAUAUCAGCUUUGAUUAAUAGUCUGUUACAUCUCUGAAUAUUUGAAUAGAUUAUGAGAUCUUUAUUAAUGUUUAGAGUGAAUUUGAAAUAUAAAUUAGAUUUUUUUCAGACUGAUGCUGCAAUAUAAACUGCUGAAAUAUAAACUGCUCAUGUAUUCAAGACUUUUUGGGUGAAGUUCAAUGCAAAACAAGAAUAAACGAGGAAGUGAUCUGAAA